AUGGCCGGCAACUUGCCCGGCCUGGUACCUACGAACGAGAGAACCUCGUAUAUCAGCAGUGUUCCAGCUGAGUACGUACGUAGCAAAACAAGAUGCUGGAAGAGCACCUCCCAGUGGAAUGAUAUGUACCCGGCCUACUUGGAGGAGGUAUACCACUUGCGUUCGCAACCUGCUGAAUUCCCUCCUCUUAUCGACUCUUUUAUUAGGCACAACGACUCGGCUGUCCCGGGCAUACCAACCGAGGUGGUGCCCCGCGCGCGCUGA